GGAAGCAGAGGGGAAAACGGUGAUCGUGGACCAAAAGGAAACCCUGGCUUUCCUGGACCUCAGGUCGUUUUUGUUGUCUCUGCAGGGAAGCAGAGGGGAAAACGGUGAUCGUGGACCAAAAGGAAACCCUGGCUUUCCUGGACCUCAGGGUGAAUCAGGAAAACCUGGAGACCCGGGGUUAGCCGGACGUCGUGGCCCUAACGGACAGAAGGGCCAACCAGGAGAUCCGGGUGUUAAGGGUGCUCAAGGACCACAGGGGCCCAGAGGAACGCCGGGUCAGGAUGGCAGAGACGGUUAUGGACCUCCAGGACCCAAAGGUUCCAAGGGAGAUCCGGGUUUUCCUGGUUACCCUGGUCUGCCGGGUGAGGAAGGUCAGAAGGGAACCAAAGGAUAUCCAGGACGUGAUGGGAACCGAGGUCGAGGGGGGAACUCAGGCAGGCCGGGAGAAUCAGGCGGGUCCGGAGAGCCAGGACAUCCAGGACACGAUGUGAGUGGGAAUCAAUCA